AAUCAUGAUUUAAUAUAUUUAUAGAAAAAAUAUGCAGUAUCCAUUUUGAAGAAAACUGUUUCGAGCUUGUGAAGACAAAACCACAAUCAAAAAAUCAAUCAGUCAAAGAAAUUAUAAGAUUAAAAAAGGGAUCUAUUCCAACAAAAUUGUUAAAUCUAGAAAAUAUACAAAGAAGACCCCGAAUGUCGCAGAGCAAGAAAGAUAACAAAAAAAUUAAAGUACCAGAAAAGUCAUCUAUUGUACCUAAUACAUGCACAGAAUUUGUACAGUAUGCACAACAAAAACAGCGUUUAUCGCAAGAAGAAACUGUAACAGGAAUGGAAACAGAUGUUGCACAAAAUAUGGAAGAAGCUGGAAAGAAUAUGGAAAGUGAUAUUUUACAAGAUACGGAAAAGAAAGUUACAAAAAAUAUAGAUAAAGUAGCUACACAAAAUAUGGAAGAGCAAAGUGAAGCGAUAAAACAACAGGGAAAGCAAGGGAUUAACGAUAAUACAAAUUAUGUUGAUGUCAAAAUGUUAUCAAAGCAAUUAAGAAAGUCAAAAGAACUGAACCAAAAACUUUUCAAAAAAAAUAAAAAUCUUCAAAAAUGGAUUUUACAGUUGCAAGCAAAAAUUAAACACAUGACGAAAAAUAAACAUAAAGAAGCGGAAACAAUAGCCAUCGACAUUAUACGAAGGCUCUCAUCUGAAGACAUAAUUGCAAUUAAGGGCUGUUUCAUCACUACAACAUCAACAUCUUGAAACUUAAAGACGAUUUUAAAUAUGACGGAACUAAUGCUGCACUUAAGGUCAUGGCUACAUUCUGGACAAAAAUUUGACUAGCUGUUUUAUUCGGUGUUCUUCGGCCGCCAAAGAAAAUUAACAUUACUUAUGCAUAAUUGUGUGUUGCAAUUAUAAGCUAGACAAUAUACUGCUCGUAUAGAGAUCAGCAUAAAUAAC